AAAUAAUAAGCAUAAUGAUAAUGAGUCUUUAUUUGAUGAAGAUAGUGAAUAUGAGUAUAAUUAUAGAAUUGGUAUUAAAUUAGCAAAUGGUACAACUAUUCCUAAAAAUAAUGUAUAUCCAAG